CGAGGACGAAGAGGACGAAGACGAAGGCUGCGGCGAGCGCGUGGCGCGGGGGGAGUUCGUCACCCACGGGCGCCCCAACAUCAUCACCAGCACCCACCUGGCCAUGACGGCGCGCAGCACCCCGGAGAGCCGCAGCAACGGGCACGGGGACCUGGAGGAGCGGGAGAACUACAUUACCCACGGUGCCUCGCCGCUGCACGUGCCCGUGCUCCGCCAGGCCGGCGCGUCGCCCCUGGUCAUCGAGGUGCGCUCGGAGGGCUCGGAGCGCGACGAGGACGGCGACGACGAGGGCGAGGACGACGACAGCCUGUCGCACCGCUCGCCCGUCACCGACACCGAGUCGGACAUGUACGACAUGACGCGCGGCAACCUGGGGCUCCUGGAGCAGGCCAUCGCCCUGAAGGCCGAGCAGGUGAGGGGGCCCCGGGGCCCGCUGGGGGCCCGCAUGCCCGACCAGCAGCAGCACCACCGCUACUUCACCUUCGACGACAGGCCCAGCCCCAAACACCUGGACGGCCUGCGCAAGAGCUACUACAGCAAAGAUACCCCCAGACCGGAGAAGCGCGAGAUCAAAUGCCCCACCCCGGGCUGCGACGGCACGGGCCACGUGACCGGCCUCUACCCCCAUCACCGCAGCCUGUCCGGCUGCCCCCACAAGGACCGGAUCCCACCUGAGAUCCUGGCCAUGCAUGAGAAUGUGCUGAAGUGCCCCACACCCGGCUGCACAGGACAGGGUCACGUCAACAGCAACCGCAACACCCACCGCAGCUUGUCAGGUUGCCCCAUCGCCGCAGCCGAGAAGCUGAACAAGGGCCACGACAAGCAUCUUGCCCAGCCUAUGAGCGACCAUCCCAAAGGAAGCCCCAACUCUGACCGCGUACUCAGGCCCAUGUGUUUUGUGAAGCAGCUCGAGAUUCCGCACUAUGGCAGCUACAAACCCAAUGUGGUGUCCACCACGCCGCGCGCCAACCUGGCCAGGGAGCUGGAGAAGUACUCCAAGGUGUCCUUCGAUUAUGCAAGCUUCGACGCCCAGGUGUUUGGCAGACGCAUGCUCGCUCCAAAGAUGCAUACCAGCGAAACCUCACCCAAAGCCUUCAAAUCCAAACUCUCCUUCCCCAGAGCCCCCUCUCCCAGCCACGGUCUGCACGGUGGCUUCGUCAAGGGCGUCACCAACGCCUACGACUACGCCCACGACGCAGAGGCCGCGCACAUGGCCGCCACCGCCAUCCUCAACCUGUCCACGCGCUGCUGGGAGCGCCCCGAGAACCUCAGCACCAAGCCCCAGGACAAGACUAUGGAGAUUGAGGUGGAUGAGAACGGGACUCUGGACCUGAGUAUGAAGAAGCCCAUGAAGCGUGAGGGCAGCGUGUCGGGGGCCAGUCCCGGCGUGCGCUCGCCCGACCCCUCGUCCUCGUCCUCGUCCUCGCUCCACUACGGCCACAGCGGCAUGACCUCGCCGCACUCCGUCCACGCCUACAAGCAGGAGGAGUGGGACGGCCCGCUGGACUACACCAAGCCCAACCGCCAGCGCGAGGAGGAGAUGGAGGAGAUGGAACACACGGCACAGUCGUUUGCCUCGUCCGACCCAGAGGACUGUGAGAUGAUGCAGGACUGCUUGGAGGACAGGAAAUACCCUGGAGAGGUCACGACCCCCAGCUUCAAGGUGAAGUUCCAGUCACCCAAGGAUAUCAAGAAGGACCUGCUCUCGUGCCCCACCCCGGGAUGUGAUGGUAGCGGCCACAUCACUGGAAACUAUGCAUCACAUCGCAGCCUGUCUGGGUGUCCUCUUGCUGAUAAGAGUCUGCGGUCCCUCAUGGCAGCCCACACUCCUGAACUCAAGUGCCCCACUCCUGGAUGUGAUGGUUCUGGUCAUAUCACUGGUAACUACGCCUCACACAGAAGUUUGUCUGGUUGUCCUCGUGCCAAGAAAAGUGGAAUAAAAACGACUCCUACCAAGGACGACAAGGAGGACUCCGAGCUCAUAAAAUGCCCAGUGCCAGGCUGUGACAGUCUGGGCCACAUCAGUGGGAAGUACGCCACCCACCGCAGUGCCUACGGCUGCCCACUGGCCGCGCGCCGGCAGAAGGAGGGCCUGCUCAACGGCACCCCCUUCUCCUGGAAGGCCUUCAAGACCGAGGGCCCCACCUGCCCCACGCCAGGCUGUGACGGCUCGGGCCACGCCAACGGCAGCUUCCUCACCCACCGCAGUCUCUCUGGUUGUCCCAGAGCCUCCCUCACCAAGAAGAAGCCCCGCCUGCCUGAGGAUGAGUACCUCAGCACCAAGUUCAGGGCUAGCGAUGUCCUUGACAACGAUGAAGAUAUCAAACAGCUCAACAAAGAGAUCAAUGAGCUCAGUGAGUCCAACAAUGAGAUGGAGACAGACAUGGUCAACCUCCAAACACAGAUCUCGUCCAUGGAGAAGAACCUGAGGAACAUUGAGGAGGAGAACAAGCUGAUUGAGGAGCAGAAUGAGGCUCUGUUCAUGGAGCUGUCCGGCCUUAGCCAGGCCCUCAUCCGCAGCCUGGCCCACAUACGCUUGCCCCACAUGCGUGAGCCCAUCACCGAGCAGAACUUCGACAGCUAUGUCAGCACACUGACUGACAUGUACACCAACAAGGACUGCUACCAGAACCCAGAGAACAAGGCUCUGCUGGAAACCAUCAACCAGGCUGUCAAAGGCAUCAAGGUCUGAGGGGUACGAGAGGCACGACCAGAAGAGAGGAAGAAGAAGAUGGGGGAAAAGAAGAAGAAGAAGGAAGAAGAGGAGCUACUACAGUAUAAAUAAUUGGAGUUCUGAUCUGUUGUGAAACGUGUUUGAAGGAGAGAGAAAAAAAAUGGGGGGCAUUCAGGUUAUUUUUCAAAUGCCGACUUAAACCCGUCAUCCCGAGGAGUGUUGUGACACAGUCAGCAUGCCAGGCGAUGGGGAGAGCGAGGACCAAAAUCGACAAAAGCUGCUGGCUAUGGAGCGAGAAGCAUGGGCAGACCAGAACCAAAUUCUUCAGUCUGGUUCACGCAACGCCGUGUCUGUAGAGAACAUUUUUAUUUUACAAGUGUUCCUUUAUUUAUUUUUUUUUAAAUUUCGUCUUCUUUUUUUUAAACCCAUGGUCAUGAGCGAUACUUCAUCUUGGUUCACCAAAACAUGGUGGGCACCAGAUCAGGAUUGGAAGUGUGAAGUGAGGAGGAGUUACUUGAUGUCAGCAGCACCUGCCACCAGAGAGGUGAAAAGGGGAGGAGGAGGAGGGAACCAGCUAAUGAAAUCAAAUCUUGUGCGGUGAUCCGAACGUGCAUCAGGGAAGUAACUACUACAUGAAAAGUCAAUCAGCUUGCAGUAAAUUGUCAGUUUCUCUCUACCAGUGUACAUAGCAAAGGUAUGUGAAGAAGGAGAGCUGUGAAACUGCAGAUCCACCUGAAGAGGCGGAAAGUCUUUUGCUCAGUAGAAUGGCUUGGUCAUGGCAUGGAAUCCUAUUCACCACAACAGAAUGGCCUAGUCUUGGCAUGGAGUCCUAUUCACCACAUCUCUCUGAAGUUACCGAGGAAAGAGAGAGAGAGAGAGAGAGAGAGAGAGAGAGAGAGAGAGAGAGAGAGAGAGCAGGGAGCAGGGAGAGAUAGGGUGUGCAGAGAAAGGAGAGUAAAAGAAAGAAAGUCCUCACAAAUGGCACUGGAGGGAAACCUGAAGAGGAGUUCACACACUAAAGCUUACGACUUCCAACCGCUUUGAGAUUGCCUUCCUGGACACUGAGGAGGAGCGCUAUCUCCUAGUGCAGUUCCAUUACCAUGUCCUUUGACAACACAGUCUGUGGGGUCAGAUGUGGUACUCCAGCCCCCCACAUAGCCUCUGUCCUUCAGGUUAUCAUCUGCGAUUAAGAGAUGAAGAGUCUUGCUGCAGCCACUAGAUUACAUGUUUCAUCUGCUGUCUCCAGUGUGGGAAGCAGACCUUGUAAAUACAUUUCAGUUCCGCUCAGUCAUAUCAAUGCUAUUUAUGAACGUUAAAAACUGCACUUCAUCGUAGUUUAUAGUGUAAUUAUUAUUGGUAUAUAAAUUAUUUAAGAUCUCUAAAAGGAUCAUAUUGUAAUUUAUUUCUAUUUUAUUACUAUUUUAUUUGAAUGUUGCCUAUUUAUUUUUUAUUUGUAUAAUUUUUUUCCUAUUUAAAAUUCCUAUUUAAUAACGCAACACAGCCCAUAGUUUUUUCUUUCUGAGGCCAUGGAAUAUGAGAUGAUAUCAAUAUUUAAAAAGAAGCUAUAUAAUGACCAACCACGCAUAAUUAUUUUGUAUAUCUUGUUUUCCUUUGAAGAUAGUUUUUUAACAUUUUUAAGUGCAAAUAUUUUUAACUGAUAAAUUUUGAUAGUUUUAUAAAGUUUUUUUUUUUUUCAUCUUAUUGUUUCUGCUUUCUGACACCCAUAACUAAGGGAAGAUUUCAAAAUGUAUUUAUUAUUUAUUUAAUAUUUAAUAACUAAUUAACUGUGACGUUGUACAUUUUGUAAUGUCUAUGUGUUUGUGAUGACUGGGUCUGAGUAGUCUUAAAAUCCUGCUGAUAUUUAAAUAAAGAAAAAAAUCUAUGGGGAAAAAGUAUAAAUAGUGUUUGAUUAUCUGGGGCUCACUUGGCAGAUCUACAGUUCUUUCUGGAAAACAAAAAUUGGAUAACAAAAAUACAUUCUCAGCAAAAAUCAAUUUUUAGUGCCGAAGGGGCUCACCUUUGACCCAGUUAAAAUGUCAGAAAAUGUUGUUUUCCCAGUAGAAACCUGGAUAGGAAGAACUUCACAGUCUUUCAAACAUCCUGAAGCUCACCUUUGCUGCCAAGAUCGCCUCACCCAAAACUUAAAGAGUUAAAUUACACCAUUCCUUGAGAUUUGUACUACUCCCAUCCCUCUUGAAGCGCCAUUUUG